GCCUUGCAGGUAGCGUCACCUGACCGAAGUGAACUGACCUACGCGGACGAGCAUCGCCGUUGAUUGAACCCGUCAGUGAAUCAGCUGAUCGCUUACUCACGUGGGCGCAGUCAGCUGUGUACGCGAUCAUGGACGGUCUCACGGAAGAGGAUCUCGCGAUACCACCGGUUAAAUACGAAUAUCUCGACCACACUGCGGACGUACAGUUACACGCAUGGGGCGACACGAUGGAGGAAGCUUUCGAGCAGUGCGCCAUGGCCAUGUUCGGUUACAUGACAGACUUGAGUCUCGUGCAGAUCGAGAAGACUUAUCACAUAGAGUGCGAAGGUGACGAUCUCGAGAAUCUGCUCUUCCGCUUCCUCGACGAGCUGCUCUACAUGUUCUGCGCCGAGCCGUUCCUCAUCGCUAAGAAGGUGAAGAUUACGGAAUUCGAUGGGCAGGCCUUCAAGAUCAAGGCGACCGCACUGGGUGAGGAAUUCAGGAUCGGCAAACACACGCAGGAAGCCGAGGUGAAGGCCAUCACAUAUUCCGCGAUGCAGAUCUACGAUCGUCCGAGGGUGGAUCGGCCCGAGCUGUUCGUCAUCGUCGACAUAUAACGAGCGCAUCGGCCCAGCCCUGCCUGGCCCUUGCCCGUCGUACACGCUUCCCUGUGUUCCCUCACGCAGCGCGCGCGCCUUCGGACAACGGCCAAGUGGGGAUGACUGGUCUGUUACAGAGGGUUGGAGGGAAGCAGAGGGACGCGGCCGUCGGAGGGCGAGAAGGGAGGGUGCGGCCUCCCCUACGGCCUACAUAGAAGAUACGAUUCUUUUGUAGUUGAGUAGGGUUCAAAUAAAUACGUUACGAAGAAA